UCACGGUCCAAAACGGUUCAAAGGUCUCCCACGCCUCCCCUCUCUUGCUACCGAAUAAAUCCCUUUCUAAUUCCUUCCACGAUUUUCCCUCCUCCUCUCUCGAUCCCUUCGUCCCUCGUCAAAAAGAAAACCCUAGAAAUUCGAACCUCGAUCCAAACUCAAAAAUUCUCGCCUCUCAUCUCCAAUCACCGCAGAUUUAGGGCUCAAAGCUGGCGAUGCCGCCGAUCGUUUCUUCGUCGAAGGCAUUGGCGAGGUUGUUAUCAGGCGGAAACUUUCUGCGUCGAUCUUCGAGGAGGUUGGGGAGGUUUGAGAGAUUUGAUCAAGAUCGGAGCUUUGGUAGUAUUGGGAGGGUUGGGUGUUCGAAAAUUGAUUCUCUGGUUGAUGGGGGUAAGGAGGGUGGGACUUCGUUUGGGAGUCUGCAUUGGAAAUCGCAGAGUAGAUGCUUUCUGGGGGUUGGGGAUGGGGAAGAAGGGGAUGUUUUGUCGAAGAAUUACGAGGAGAAGCGCGUUAUGGGGUACUCUCCAGAGCAAUUGUUUGCGGUGGUUGCAGCUGUUGAUUUAUAUGAGGAUUUUGUUCCAUGGUGUCAAAGAUCCAAAAUUCUAAGGCGGAAUAGUGAUGGAUCAUUUGAUGCCGAACUUGAAAUUGGCUUCAAGUUUUUGGUGGAAAGCUAUGUCUCCCAUGUUGAAAUGAAGAAACCAAAUUACAUAAAGACAACUGCCCAUGAGAGUGGCCUUUUUGACCAUCUGAUUAACAUUUGGGAAUUUAAUCCUGGUCCUGUUCCAGGAUCUUGUGACCUCCAUUUCUUGGUGGAUUUCAAGUUUCAGUCACCAUUAUAUCGUCAGGUGGCUUCCAUGUUCUUCAAAGAGGUAGUGUCUCGUCUAGUUAGUUCAUUCAAUGACCGUUGCCACAGAAUCUAUGGUCCUGGCGUCCAAGUUCUUGAGAAUGCUUAUGGACAAGGUAGAUAGAUGACAUUGUCGUGAUUAUUAUUUUGGGAUAUUGGAAAAUGGAGGAUGCCAUGUCCCAUUAUUUUUUUAUUUCUCCGGUGUCAUAAAUAUAUAACAAGAGGGAAUUUGUGCAUUCAUAGGCGACUAAUAUUUGCAAUUGGCAUUCUUUCUGUGAUAAGCGGAUAGUGUACUUAUCAACGCACAUAGCUAACUCAUAUUUCGUGUAAACAAUCUUUUAUUUGUACUCCGAAUUCCUUUUAUUACUUAAUGAUAAUACCAGUUAAAAGUUA